AUGGCGGCACACUCGCCUGCAUCCUCGCCGCGUCUUCCAUCUCCACCACCCAUCGCCGAAGACCAGCUAGGCCCGGCAUCGCCAGGUGUGGCACUGUUUGAAGAGCACGGCAAAUUCCCGGGCAAUGCGGUCGACCAUGGUGCCUCCAGACGCAUACGGCCCGGCACAAAGGCGGAAGAGAUGGCAGAAGGCCCGCCGCUUGUCGAUAUGUCCGAGAUCGACUCCGCCUUCCAAUUGACGGAACACCUCAAAGCACUACAUUACUACCACAGCCACCCCCCCGACACCUCCACCACCCAACCCAUUACUGCCACCAUCGCGCGCCAGCUGGCACAACCUCCGCCCAACACUUCGAAAGAGAUCUGGCUUUACGAACUGGGCCGCUUCCUCAUCCAGAAGACCAAUGCCAUCAUCGUCGCCCUCUUUGCCGACACCCCGCCCUGCUCGCCCGCAACCUGCCUCGAAAUGCGCGCAAGCGAAUGGCAAUACCUCUGCGCCGUUCACGAUCCGCCCAAGAAUUGUUCCGCCAUUGACUACUGCUGCCACACCCUCGACUGGGCCGCCACGACGCUGACGAGCAGCAAGAUGUUUCCCUCCCGCCUCGCUCUAGGAUCGGGCUCUGCGGCUGCUGGGACGGUGGACAAAAUGCUGCAGCAGCAACUGAAAGAGAUCACCAACAUCUUCCGGCGCGUUUACCGCAUCUACGCACAUGCAUGGUUCCAGCAUCGCGACAUGUUCUGGCGGGUGGAGAGCAAGUCGGGGCUUUACGUCUUCUUCAAAGCAGUAUGUGAUGAGUAUGGAUUGAUACAGGCGGAGAACUACACCAUCCCGGCUGAAGCGGAAGGGCUAGAGCCCGCAGAGCCUUCGCAGGACGAGGAGCAAGAAAGAGACAAGGCACCAAUAGAAGGACCGACGAUAUUGAGACGUGAUGACUCGGAGCCACACAUGGAAGAGCCGGCAGGUAACCACGUGGUAGCCGCUGGCGAGACGACGAAGAGGCACAGACAUCCGCCUUCCGAACGCUCUAGCUCUGUAUCCACGGUCAUACAGGAGGAGGCGGAAGAGGAAGCAGAGACAGAAGGCCCCCUAGAAAAGCCAGAUCUGGCGCGGCAGUCGAUGAAGAUGCGAGAGAUUGCGGAGAAGGAUGAAAGGACUGAUGCGGAGAAGAAGGAAGAGGCUGAGCAGGAAGGUAGUAGCGAGGAACGCAUGCCCGCGCUGGGUAUCAGAAGGAGUGAUACUGUUAAGCCGGAGAGACAGGCGAGCGAGGAGAUUAGCGUAGAGCCGGAGUUGCUGGAGGAGGAAGAGGCUGUCAUGUCGCCUGCUAGUGAAAAGAAGGAGUUGCUGUUGGAUGACGAGCUUUCAGAAGCUGGGAAACCCAAGGUGGCUGUCAUGGAGCCGACUGAAGCAGCCGCGGCAGAUGCUGAAGAAGCUGGCAAGACUGUCGCUGACUGA